AUGCGUAGUCCAUCCGUGCUUCCACUCUUCCUCUGCGACACCUGUCGUCGGACAACUGGGUUACUAUGCACCUCCUCCUAUGUCCCUCUGAAACAAAGCACGCAAUCAUCGCCUGAUAUCAACGGGUUUGUCUUAUCGAAUAUGCUCGGCCUAUGGCUUCGAGCUGCUGGUUCUGUGGAACGUGUGGUGCAAAUUCCUUUCUCUAGCUCAAGGAAACUGGAGGGAGUGCUCAAUCCCUACGUCCUCCUCGGCCAAGUCUUGGUGGCAAGUUACGAGGGCAAAGGCGUCAAGUUUUUCAUAACCGCCCUGGAUCAACAACAUCCCACCUUGCCACUUCCUCUUGGUCUGACAUUUUUGGUUCCCGACCAUUCCUUCACCUCGCCCUCAACAGCAGCAGUAGCAGCUGCUCCCAAUGGCGUAAAGUGA